AUGGCUGAGAAACUAGAAUUGCCGUUACAUUCCAAAGGAGCAAGUUCAUCGCGGAAGAAAGUGUACUCAUUGUUUAUUGGAAUUAAUUUUAUUUUAAUAUUAUGUACACUUUUCUCUUAUGGUUCAGAUAAAAGCAAACCUAUUAAAACCCCAAUUGAUGUCUUUAGAACGUUUAUGCAAGAGCCCCAUGAACCCAAUUCCCUUUGUCCAAUUGUCCCCAAAAUAGACCCAUCUGAUGUUCUUCACAAUCCAGAUACAAUUAAUUACAUUCUUUCAGAUAAGAGUUUCCACACUUCUGUAAGAAAGAAGUUGUUGAAUGCAGUAAAAAUCCCAACAGAAAUAUUUGAUGGAAUGGAAAAUCCUCAAUCCGUGAAAUCUUUGAAGGAAUUAUACGAAUUGGAUCCUAGAUGGAAACCUUUCGAAAAGUUUCAUGAUUAUUUAGAGAAAACCUAUCCGUUGGUCCAUAAGCAUUUGCAGUUGAAGAAAAUUAACAAAUUUGGAUUAGUAUACACAUGGAAAGGUAAGGAUACAUCAAAAAAGCCAAUAAUGUUGACUGCCCAUCAGGAUGUGGUACCUGUUCCACAUGAGACUAUUGACCAAUGGACAUUCCCGCCUUUUGAAGGAGGAUUUGACGGCAAGUAUCUUUAUGGUAGAGGCGUGAGUGAUUGCAAGAAUUUAUUGAUUGCUUUGAUGGGUACUAUUGAACUUUUAUUAGAAGAGGACAAGUUCAAGCCUCAAAGAACCAUUAUUUUAGCUUUCGGAUACGAUGAAGAAGCUGCUGGUAAAGGUGCAGAGGAAAUAUCCGACUACUUGGUAAACAAAUAUGGUCCCGAUUCAAUUUUACAAAUUAUCGACGAAGGUGACGAAGGAUAUCAAGAGAUUGAAGGUGUAAAGCUUGUAUUGCCUGCCACUGGUGAAAAGGGCCAUUUAAAUUCAGUUAUUGAUCUAUUUACACCUGGUGGCCACCUGUCAGUGCCACCAAGACACACUUCGAUUGGAAUAAUGUCACAAUUGAUCACCAAGAUCGAGGAUAAAGAAUUUAGUCCAAUAUUGACAAACAAUAAUCCAGUUUUAGGCCAAUUGUAUUGUCUCGCAGAACAUUCGAAAAUUUUGAAUAAAUCAAUUAAACGAGACAUUUUGAAAGCUCAAAUUGAUCAAAACGCUAAUCAGCGAGUUGUCGAGUAUUUGAGCAAAGACGCAGAAACCAAGUACUUAAUCACUACUUCUCAAGCUGUUGAUAUAAUUGAAGGUGGCGUCAAGUCCAAUGCAUUGCCAGAACACGUUUCUGUUGUUGUAAAUUCAAGAAUUGCCGUGGAAGAAAAUGUGAACACUGUUGUGUCAAAAUUGAAAGCAGAUAUUUUGACAAUUGCAGAUAAGUUUAAUUUGGGCUUGAUAAUUGAUAAUCAAGAAAUUAUUGAACCAACAGAACAUGGGUAUUUCAACUAUUCCUUGAUAGAAAGUUUGGAACCUGCUCCUGUCUCUCCUAUAAAUGGGGAAAGUUGGAAUAUAUUUGGUGGGUCAUUGAGAUACUUGUACGAAGAUUUAAUUUUCCCAGACUCAAAUGAUACUUUUAUUGUUGCUCCAUUUCUUUCUACCGGUAACACAGAUACAAAGUCAUAUUGGGACUUGACAAGAAACAUAUAUCGUUACCAACCAAGCAUUGCUACAAAAAAUAGCAAUAUACAUUCAAUUGAUGAAAAGUUGGACUUUGAAGGACAUUUCCAUAUUAUCGCUUUCUAUUAUUACUACUUGCAAUUGGUAGACGGUAAAGAUGAUAAAUUAUUUGAACCUUAG